GUAAUGUUUGGCGACAGCUAUAAUUUUUUGGUUUGGGUGAUUUUAAGGACUAAAUUUUCGCUAAAUAUUGACAAUACGAACUGAAUAAGAGGACCUUAUAGUUUCAUAGCGUCAAGCUUAGCCGAUUUUUGCAAAUCAUUCCGCAACGCUUCUCGUCGGGAAUAGUCUAUAUUAUUUUAAACGUCUGCGUUGCAUCGAAGCCCUCUCACUGUCAGCGACACCAUUUACAAAUCAUACAAGCAGCUUGAGGAACGUUUAGCAAUGACAAUGUUCAUUGAUGAAAACACAGAGUGUGGAAUAAAGAAAAAAUUGUUAUACGCUGGGGAUGGGGAACUACCUGACUUUCCAGAUGGCACAAAGGUGAAAUUUCAUUACAAAACAGUCAAACUAGAUGAUGCUAGGACAGUCUUGGAUGACAGUAAGAAGUAUGGUAAACCUAUGGAAUUGAUUAUAGGGAAACAAUUCAAACUAGAAGUAUGGGAGAAAUGUAUAAAAACAAUGCGACUUAAUGAAGUUGCACAGUAUACUGUUGAUAAAUCUUUAAUUGGAGUUUACCCAGUCGUUGCAAAGAGUCUCCGUGAGUUUGCCUCAGGUGGUAAAAUAGAACAUGAAAAGAAACAUUGUUGCGGUUUAGCCCAGUUUCAAAAUUCGGGACUUGGUCACAGUGACUUGGACGAACUGUUACAAAAUCCACAGCCGCUCGACUUUAUUUUCGAAGUGACAGAGAUUGAUUAUCCAGGAGAAUAUAAAAAGGAAUCUUGGGCAAUGAAUGAACAAGAAAAGAUGGACUCUGUACCAAGUUUACAGGCUGAAGGAAAUCAACUGUACAAGCAAAAAAAAUACUGUAAAGCUGCUGAGAAAUAUGCAGAGGCACUUGGCUGUCUUGAACAGUUAGCAUUGAAAGAAAAACCUGGGGAUACUGAAUGGAGGCGGUUAGAUGCUAUGAAAAUACCUUUACUUUUAAAUUAUGCACAGUGUAAACUGUUACUGAAGGAUUACUAUCAGGUGAUAGAACAUACAAACACAGUACUAGACAAGGAUUCAGAUAAUGUGAAAGCUCUUUUCAGGAGAGCUAAAGCCCAUUUUGCUUGUUGGAAUUUUGAAGAUGCUAAAAAAGAUUUCACUAGAGCAGCUGAACUAGACAAAACAUUAUCUGGAGUAGUCAAGAAAGAAUUAAAAAUAUUGGAGGAGACUAAGAAAGAAAAGGAUCUUGAGGAGAAGACGAGACUCCAAGGAUUAUUUGAGAAGAUGUGAAAUCUAUGUUCUUGUUAAGACUACAUCAGUUAUAAAAUAUUUUUUUAUCAGAAUACGAGUGCAUGCCAAUAUUGUCUCAGGAAAUCUGCUGCAAUGCAUUGCAGCUUGUGAUUUCCCCGAAACUAAAUACUGUAUUUACUAUACUUCUACUGUAAAAUGUGUUUUUAAAAACUGCAGCUUUUAUUAAAAUGGUACAAUGCAAGCACAUAUGAUUACAUAAAUAACAUGGUCCAUGGUUAAAAUAAUUAAAGCAGGGGAGUCGACACCUGUGCGUGCGUCAGGUGGCCAUAGCGUGUCAUUGUGUUUAAACAAGCGUCUACCCACGAGCCUUUGCGUUUUUAGUGUGUGUUGUUAUCGUCGCUUGGGACUCAAUUCCUGCAUGUGCGCUGGUGACGACCCUCCCGCUUUAAUAUUGGAAUGAUUCAUUAUACAAUGAAUGUAAUUUGUGGUUUACAUGAACUUCUAUUAAAAAUGCGCUUCUAAUGGGAUUAGUACAGUAUAUAAACUUUAGUAUUGCUUAAUUUUAUUGUAUGUGUAUGUUUUUAUAUUUUGUAUUAUUAUAAUAGUACUUAUUGUUCAGCGUUCUGCAUGUGAUAUACUUAACUUUACACUUGUUACAAAAGGUGUUGAAAUUUCUGACAUUAACCCACCAAGUUUAUAUACCUGUAUUUGGUCUAUGUAUGUUGAAAAUAUUAUAUUUACUGGUGCAUAUACAGCAAUAUUUAAAUAAUCAAGUCACUGAUUUCUGUGCCUCGAUAUACAGUUGUAUAUGAUAUCUAAUCUGAUCCCAGCUUGCAAGUCAUUGAUCUGAACUUGUAAUGUUUUCACCAUUACAUUGUAGAUAAUAAACUAUAACAAUUUUAAAUGAAA